GCCCGUUGAAGUGCGGUGCAGGAGUCGAUGCUCCGCGAGACACCCUCAGUCCUGCUGGGUGGCAGUGCAGCGCGAGGAUGACGUCAUUAGUGUCAGCAUCAAGCCUUUGGUAUAAGUUAGAGAAAGCGAGGUGUUUGUGUUGCUGCACUCUUACGACGGGUUGCACGGAGUGAAAAUUGUGACGAAAGAGAGUUCUUGCCCAAAUCCAGAGCUGUUAGUCUGCAUAUUAUUACUGUGGGAUUACCAGGUGUUUUGGUAACUUCAGAGACGAGCUAACUCGGGUUCGUUCGUCACUUUCAAGUUAUUAGAGAAGGGAUGGUGCUGCUGAGAAUGGUGUCUCCUCCGUGUGAAGGCGUCCGGCACGAAGAGCCCGAAACUACUGCCUUCCUGGACGGAAAGGGACUUGGAUCAGGGACACUUUGUGUUGCCGAAACGCGCGUGUCUUGGUUCGACGGCUCGGGGAUGGGCUUCUCCGUGGAGUACCCCGCCAUCAGCCUGCACGCCAUCUCGCGCGACACGUCCGCGCACCCACAGGAGCACCUGUACCUCAUGGUCAACUCCCGAUUCCACCACGAGGAAUCGGACAUGCGCAGUCAAGCUGACGAAGCACAGGAGGAGGAAGAAGAAAAUGAGAGCAGUGAUGACAGCCAAUCCUCUAGCCCUAUCACUGAGAUUCGGUUCAUCCCCAGUGAUAAAUCUUCUUUGGAGUCCAUGUUCUCUGCUAUGUGCGAGUGCCAGGCUCUGCACCCAGACCCUGAUGAUUCAGAUUCUGACUUUGAGGGAGACGAAUAUGAUGUUGAGGAAGCAGAGCAAGGUCAACACCAUCUGCCAGACUUGUACAGUUGUGAAGAAGCUAUGUCUCACUUCACUCUGGAGACCCAGGUCAUGCUGGAAAAGAAAGAGGAAGAGCCAUCCAAGCUGGUAGCCCAGCAGUGCCACCUGGAGGAGGAGACCAAAGUGAAUAUAAGUGUGACAACAGAAGCUGGUCAGUCUGAGGAUGCCAGUGUGAAGGAUUGGGUGCCAGCUAAACACUUCUAAUCAGUAAAAAAAUAGCUGUUAGAGGUGAUAUUUGAAGUUGUCAUGGGAUUCAGACCGGUAUAACCUUUUGCUGUGGCAGAACUAGAAGCUGUUCUGAAGGGAAGAGGAGAUCCAAACAAGGCUUCUAAAAUCCCAUAAAUUUUUCUUUUGUAGUCAGCUACAGGGCUUUCACAUUGGCAAAAAUAUUCUCUGACCUUACUGUUAAUAGAAACAAUGCUUUUUGUGGUAUUCAUGCUAUUACAAAGAAAUGAUCAAGUCAAGCUUAUUGUCAUGUACAUAGUGCAGGUCUAUAUGGCAUAAUGAAAUUCUUAUUUGCAUGUCUCUUGCAGACUGUAAAAGUUAUAACUACAAACUAAGCAAUAAAUAGACAGCCAGUAAAUACAACAGCAAUAAACAGGCAAUAAAUAUAAGACUGAAACAUUAUAUACAAUGCAAUGCAACAUCUACAACCGCUUGUUCCAAGCAGGGUCGCGGCAAGCUGGAACCUACCCAGCAACACGGUG